AUGAUACGCCGUGGACGAUAUGGAAAGGUAUAUACAGUCUGGGUAUGCGCCGCACCGGUGGUAAAUAUCGGCGACUACGAGACGAUCCUGCAAGUACUUGUUCGCGAUGGGGCAAUAAAUAGCAAACGUUAUGAGGCCCCAUUUUUCUGCGUCGCCAGAACGGACAAAAAUGAUGGUCAUGUGUACGGGACGAUGAUGGCAAACGGGCAAAUAUGGGAGGAACACCGGAAGUUUACGCUUCGAGUGUUGAAACAGCUUGGAGUAGGGAGAGGGAUUAUUGAAGACCGAAUCCUUGAUGAACUCGACUAUCGAACCGCUGAAAUUGACAAAAGGCUUGUGAACAACAACACGGCAACAUUGGAAUUCAACCGGAUUUCGGAUCUAUUCGUCGGCAACACGAUCAAUCGAAUUCUUUUUGGAUACCGUUUCGAUGAGGAAAACUACGCAAAAUUCCACGCUGUCAAGGCCCCCCUUGAUGACGCCUUUGCGUCAAUGACCGGGCUGCACAACUUUAUGCCCGACUUUAUUAAGUAUAUUCCGGUCUUGAAAAGAAUGCACCAACAUAUUAUUCAACCGCAAGAGCGGGUGCUUGAAUUUGCGAUCGAGGAAGUGAAAAAGAGAGUUGAAAGCAUCAAAGAAGGUACUUGGUCAAUUGAAGGGGAGCCUCACGACUUUUUGGAUGCAUAUCUGCAAGAACAGGAAUUGGUGGCGACGAAUCAGAAGACUUGGGAUAUUUUUAAUGAUUUUGCCCUGUACAACGAUAUUGUCGAUAUCUGGACGGCUGGCCAAGAAACCACUUCACUCACCCUCAAUUGGGCUUUUAUUCUAUUAACGCGCCAUCCUGACGUGAUUGAAAAAUGUCGAGCGGAGGUACUCGCCCUAACCCAUGGCCAUCGACACAUCAAUAUGGGAGCUCGAGACAAGACACCAUAUAUGAAUGCCACAAUAACGGAAAUCAUGCGUCUGGCUGUUCUUCGAGGCGAGAAAGGCGUUGAGGGGACGGUUUGGUUGAGACAGGACAAAGAAAGCCAUGCUGUGAAAAUCUGUGGAAAAAUCAUUGGCCUAGCCCCAGGGAAACACGGAAUCCAUAUCCACGUCUACGGCGACGCGACGAAGGGUUGUGAGUCCGCUGGACCACAUUUGAAUCCGGAUGAAAAGUCUCAUGGAGGACCAAAGGAAGUCGGCCGUCAUAUGGGUGAUCUGGGAAAUAUUGAAGCCGACAGCAAUGGCGAGGCAAGCAAUCGGGCUGUGGCGGUGCUUCGCGGCGACAAGGGCGUUGAGGGGACCGUGUGGUUUAGACAGGACAAGGAGGGUGAUCCAGUGAAGAUAUGGGGGAAAAUCACCGGGUUAUGCCCUGGUAAACAUGGAUUCCACAUCCACGUCUACGGCGACUCGACCAAGGGUUGCGAAUCUGCUGGGCCACAUUUAAAUCCGUUUGAUAAAACCCAUGGAGGACCAAAUGAAGAAAGCCGUCACAUGGGAGACCUCGGAAAUGUGGAAGCCGACAACAAUGGCGAGGCUAAAUUCGAGCUGACGGACGAUAUGAUCAAAAUUCAUGGCGAGCACUCGGUGGUUGGACGAUCGAUGGUUGUCCAUGAAAAGGAGGAUGAUCUCGGAAAGGGCACCGGCAACGCCAAGGAAGAAUCGCUAAAAACAGGAAAUGCUGGCGGUCGUCUGGCCUGUGGUGUUAUCGGACUUGCCGCUCCGGAAGAC